CAGGAUAUUUAGAAGCUGAGGGUGGAGUGAGAGAGAGAGAGAGAGAGCGUUUGCCAUUUUAAAGCAGCACAAGAAAGCCGAAGGUUCGCUCCAACUGUUUCUCAAGCUUAAGAAUCCAAAUUUAAAGCACUAUGGAGGGAGGAAUGAAGUGUGUGAAGUACCUGUUUUUUUUCUUCAACUUUAUCUUCUGGGUGUGUGGCCUGGCUCUCAUCGUAGUGGGCGUUUUAGCAAAGACGGAAAUCACCAACUUGCCCGGGGUUAAAGCGGUCGCCAGCACUUCAAGCCCCAUCGUGAUCAUCGUGGUUGGAGCCGUGAUCUUCUUCAUCGCCUUCUUCGGCUGCUGCGGAGCGUGGAAAGAGAACUACUGCAUGGUCACUAUGUUUGCCGUCCUGCUGUGCCUCAUCAUCGUUGUUGAAAUUGGAAUAGCCAUUGCUGCAUAUGUCCUCAGAGGCCAGCUGCAGCAGCUGGUCGAUGAUGGCCUGAAGGAAGCGAUCAAAAAUUACAAGAAGCAAGCAGAUGUGAAGGAUGAAGUGGACAAAAUGCAAGAACAGAUGAAAUGCUGUGGAGCAGUGAACGCUUCCGACUGGGAGGACUACGACCUUGACAAGAAGUCCGUCCCUGACUCCUGCUGCAAGAACGUCACCAAGAACUGUGGUAAAGGAGCCCUGAAAGAGCCCACCAAAAUCUACACAGAGGGUUGUGGGACUGUUUUGGAGAAUUUCCUCAAGAAAAACAUUCUCUGGGUUGGAGUCGCAGCUCUCGUCAUUGCCUUCAUAGAGAUCUUGGGUGUGGUGUUUGCCUGUACACUGAUGAGGGGGAUUCGCAAAGGCUACGAGGUGAUGUGAUCCCAUCCUCGAGCUUCAGUGAAGUCACUUUCACACUCCUGUUAAAACACUUUAGAUUUGUAAAUGCCUUCUUGCAGAGCUUAAAAUGUUAGACAGGAAAAAACAUGUACCUAUAUGCAGAUAGAGCUUUUUUUUUUUUUUUAAGUCAGAUGUUGAGGAAAAGGUGAAUGACUGACUGUCUAUCCUUGUCUCAUUAAAUCUCCUAUAUUUGUACUCUGGUGUUCUUCACAGAUUUGUUCUUUUAGAGAGCAGUUGCACUUUUAUAUGCUCACAUUUCAUAUAUUUUGUUAUCAGCUUUUUAAAGUUGAAGUGCUUAACAGACUUUGGGAUGAUAAUAAACUUUACGGUUUUCCCCACAA